GAAACUCACAUGAGAAAAUAAAUCUCCUCCGACGGAGACCGAGUCUUUGGGGACGUUUGGAAUCAUUUCUUCAGCGUAAAAUUUGAAGCCGCAAUGUUGCCAUAAACUCCACGUGUCAAAUUAAUGUAUUUUAGUGACAAGUGGAAUAUUUUUCCAAACCAAAGUAAAGGGUUUGUCUGAAAGUACAGUGUGAUUUCAACAUGUGACCUCGCGUCAGCAUCAGACUGAGCUGCAGCCGUGGAUGAAGCGGCUCUUCAUCUCAGCUCUUCAUCACAGCUCUUCAUCCCAGCUCUUCAUCUCAGCUCUUCAUCGCAGCUCCUCAUCGCAGCUCUUCAUCUUAGCUCUUCGUCACAGCUCCUCAUUGCAGCUCGUAGGAUGGCCCCCUGGUGGCGGAGCCGCAGCACUGCAGCGUUCCUGCUCCUGGUCCACAUCGCCCCCGUCGUCUCACAGUCCUGCAUCGCGGGAGGGGUCCCGGGGAUACCCGGCACCCACGGGCCCAACGGCAGCAACGGCCCCAAAGGACCACGCGGAGACCCGGGCGAGGCCGCUCAGCCCUUCAGGGGCCACAAGGGGUCGCCGGGUCUGCGGGGCCCCCCGGGGCGGCCCGGGCUGAAGGGGGACGUGGGUCUCCCCGGGCCUCCCGGUACUCCGGGCCUGGCGGGGCAGAAGGGGAGUCCCUUCAACCCGUCCAACCAGCAGAAGUCCUUCUUCUCCUACAAACGGGUGAUUUCACAAGCGCCGCAGCUCGACACCGACAUCCACUUCGACAGCGACAUUCUGGAUCUGGGUGAGCGGUUCAGAGGAGAAGCGAUGACCGAGGGGAAGUUCACCUGCGCCAUCGCAGGGAUCUACUUCUUCAGUUACCACCUGUCAGCAAAGAGCCGAGUGUGUCUGAAGCUGAUGAAGGGCGCCGACAGCAGCCUGACCACGUGCGACUCGUCCGAAGGCUUCCUGGUCACCUCCGGCUCGGCGGUCCUGGAGCUGCGCGCCGGGGAGACGGUCUCCCUGCAGACCACCAGGUACAACAGCAUCGUGACCAGCCAGAGCAGCACCAGCCACACCUUCACCGGCUUCCUGGUGUCCCCCGCCGAGUAGAGGCACCGGCCGAAGACCGACGCGCCCUACGAUCCGCCCAGCUGCCGUCGGCGACGCCACAGACGUCUUUUACGUAUUUACAGCAAUUAAAUCUGCAGAAUUAAUAAUUAAAUAUUGGCUGCUGCCUUUUGCACGAA